UCGAUCAGCAGUGUUAUCUCCUUGGAAAUGCAAACAAGACAUCGGUGAUGGUUUAGCUAAUUUUUAAUGCAAAUAUUUACUUGGUCAUGAUUCUGGAUUCAUGUCGUAAUAUUGACAAGAAGACAAAAUUCAGCCAGAAAAAGAGCAGUCAACAUGGGGAACGGAUCUUCUUCUGCGAGACCAACAAAUACUGUAACAGUCCAGCCGUCGUCUUUGAACCAGACAAACUUUUGUGCAGCUCCUUCAAGUUAUGGUUCAACACCCGUUGAAAAUAACUCUGUCUCUAGUGGUAAUGGAAGUAUUCCGUCAAACCAUCUUGAUUCUAAUGGUUACAGAAAUUUUCAACAACAAGGAAACUUGAGUUCUUUGAAAGAUGUUGUAGAGAUAGACGACUCAAUUGAGAGUGCAGUUGCGCCUCAUACCAGUUUUGGAUAUAACAAUUUGUGUGACAUGGAAGAGACGACAAGUCAAAGGAACUCAAAAAGCAAACACAAAAAGAAUAAGAAAGGCAAGAAUUUGAGCAGUGUCGAUGAAAGACCAGCAGAUACAAACGAUGAGAUAAUUUUUGAAGUUUAUCGUUCACAUGAUAAUGGAGUGGAAUACACUGUUAUCAACAACGAUGGUGUAAGAUUUUACCUAGAUUCUUGGACUACAGGUGAAUGGCAGCCAUUUCCAGAUGAAUGGCUUAACCACGGCUAUCUUGAGAGACAGAGUAGAGUAAAUAAUAAUGGUCCUGAAGGCUGCAUUUCUACUAGUGAUGUAAUGAUUGACAAUGCAGUGCCUGGUGUUGGCAUGGUUGACGAUGAACGUAUGGGUGUUAUAAAUCAUCCUCUCAAAGGUGAAUUAAUAACUUACAUGAUGGAUGAACAAAAGCAUGUUAACUGCAUUUUCGACGCAUCAUCUGGAGCAUGGUUGAAACUACCACUCUCAUGGGAACUUCACUCUCCAUCUAUUGCUGCUACCAUCUCACAUAUCCAAGACACUCUACAAGACUGGAGAGACCAGCGUGAAAUACUAGGAAUGCUUCGGCAGUGCAAUUACAAUGUGGAUGAGACAAUUACAACAUAUCUUACACUACUUGAAAAUGACUCGACAUGGAGGGAAGGUCACAACAGUACAUUUCUCAAAGCAUCAUUGAAAAACAAGAACGAGAUACAGUCCCUAAGAAGUAGGAUCUCUGACCUUGAAAACAUUAUAAGAUCUAAAGAUAAUGAAAUUGUGGAGAGUCAACAAAGAGAAAAGGAGUUGGAAGAAAAGUUGAGCUAUUCAGAGACAUUGAUAAAUUCAUUAAAGAACCAGAUGAAAGCAAGUCAGAGAGAGCUUGAUCGAGCACAACAAGACCUAAAGAAUAGGCUAAACGUAAGAACUCCUUCACCAAAAAUUGUUCAUUCUCCUCCAAAGAAAACAAAAAUCUCAACAAAAACAGUAUUUCUUGUAACGAAAAGCAUAAAAUCUUUAGCAAGCUGCACACAACAACUAAAGAGUUACUUUUUUUAUGAAUCAAAUAACUUUCAAACGUUGCUCAAAAGGGCAUUAAACGGGGUUGAAAAAUUGAAUUCACUAAAUCAAAAUAGUGAGAACGAAGUGGUAGAGUUAAGAAGGCUUUACAACAAAGAAGCUCUCCAUCGCAAACUCCUUUAUAACAAACUACAAGAAUUGCAAGGAAAUAUAAGAGUCUUUUGUCGCUGUAGAUUUGAUCCUGAAGCUGGAGAUAUAGCUGUUAAAUUCCCAUCAAACCAAGAAAUCCAGGCAAUGUCACAAAUUGGGGAGAAGACGUUUCUGUUUGAUCGUGUCUUUGACACUAGUAGCAGUCAGCAAGAGGUCUUUGAUGACACACUGCCCCUCAUUACGUCAUGUGUGGAUGGAUAUAAUGUUUGUAUAAUGGCAUAUGGUCAAACAGGUUCAGGAAAGACAUACACCAUGAUGGGUACAGUCUCUAAUCCUGGUGUCAACAUGCGAUCCAUCCAGCAGCUCUUUCACAUCUGCAAAGAACGACAGAACAUUGAAUACACUUUAACUGUAUCCAUGUUGGAAGUGUACAAUGAAACCUUACGGGACCUUCUUGCUGACGGCAACAGACCACCCCAGCUGAACAUCCUAAUGAAGGGCAAGUCUGUGGUAGUGAAUGAUUUGACAGAAAUACAGGUCAAUACUGAAGGAUCUAUCAGCAAAAUAAUGGCAAAAGGUAAUGCUAAUCGUUCUGUUGGAGAAACAAAAAUGAACACCAACAGCUCAAGGUCUCACCUGGUCUUGAUCCUCAACAUCAAGGGCGUUGACCAAAUUUCAAACUCCAUAUCACAUGGAAYGCUCACCCUUGUUGAUCUAGCUGGCUCUGAAAGAAUUUCCAAAACAGAAGCAACUGGACAAAGACUCCUCGAAGCUGCUGCCAUAAAUAAAUCUCUGUCAGCUCUUGGUCAGGUUUUCACGGCACUGAGAACAAACGCCAUGCAUGUACCCUACAGGAAUUCUAAGCUUACACAGUUGCUGCAAGCGUCACUAGGGGGGGAUGGAAAGGCAUGUUUGUUUGUGAAUGUAAGCCCUGCAGAGUCUAACUUAGCAGAAACUUUGAGUACUUUAAACUUUGGUUCUGCAGCAAAGCAGGUUCAACUUGGCAAAGCCACACAAAACAUUAAGAAGCUACGCAACUAGUACUGAAAUAAAUAUCUGGGCCCAGUUGUACUAAGGGUGGAUUUGCUAUGCAAUGGAUACAUCUUAUUCAGUGGAUCAUAUUAACUUAUUAGAUAACUGCAAUGUUUUAUCCUUAUAAAAUCUGUAGUCUUAUCCUUAUGAAAAUCUGAAUUUCAAAUGUAAGCUUUAUUUAAAUAACAUGUUUCUAUAAUGUCACACCUGCUAAGAAAGAGCUGUAAAGAUUGGCCAAAACGAGCAAUAUUUUUCAUUGUCAACUCGUUCUAUUGUUUUGCUUAUAUCGUUCUCAUUCUUUUGUAUUCAACCAGUUGGGUUAGAUCUUCUUAGAGCUGCAACCUUGCUUCAUAUUUAUUAUCCUGAAAUUUUAAAAAAUAACUCUAUUUAUUUUUUUGGAAUAAAAAGAUUUAAUUUGUUUUCUAAA